CUAAAAUUCAUCAUCACCACAACAUAGAAUAUCUCAAAUUCAUUAGAUUUCUCAGAGCAUCUCAUCGUCUCAUGGAAAACCGCAACUCCAUCUCUGUUUCAUUUAAGCCUCUACUCUGCCUGCUGCUCUUAGCUCUCACAAUCAACUGUGCUGCCUCGGCUCGAAUCCUUGAGGAGGAGGAACCACUUGUUCCCACCGCUGCACCGGGUUCACCAGCCGGUUCAGCUGGGAUACCUGCUGCCAACAAUGCAGCCACCGGUGCUGUAGUGCCCAAUUCAGACCCCCACCAUCCACUUGUUUUCUUCAUGCAUGACAUACUUGGUGGGUCGAACCCCUCGGCUACAGCCGUGACCGGUGUGGUUUCCAACCCUGCAGUUAGUGGUCAAGUCCCCUUUGCUAAGCCUAAUGGUGCAAACAUUGCAGUAAGCAAUGGGGUUCCUGUCGACAACAGCAAUAAUGGGAUUAUUAACAAUAACAACGUACCCUUCCUUACUGGCCUUAGUGGAAACACAGCUAAUGUGGGUGGCCAAAACAAUGGCAACAACAACAACUUUAAUAAUGGAGGAUUUGGAGUUCCAGUCCUGAAUGGAGGUCAGCUGUCUGCAGGGAAUACUCGUCAGAAGCUUCUGUUUGGGACAUUGACAGUGAUCGAUGAUGAGCUAACUGAAGGGCAUGAGCUUGGAUCAGGUCUAGUUGGUAAGGCACAAGGGUUUUACGUUGCAAGUUCUGUAGAUGGGAGCAGCCAGACCAUGGCUUUCACAGCCAUGUUUGAAAGCGGUGGCUAUGCUGAUAGCCUCAGCUUGUUCGGAGUCUAUAGAACCGCUGUCUCAGAAUCUCAGCUUGCAAUUAUGGGUGGAACUGGAAAGUAUGUGAAUGCUAAGGGUUAUGCAACUGUUAAGACCAUUCCAGCAAGCAUCCUGCAUAAUACUGAUGGAGUUGAAACUCUUCUGGAGAUUUAUGUGUAUCUUACAUAUUAGUUACCAGUGUGUUUUGAAUUAAAAGUGGCUGUUCUAUGUGUACCGAAAAAAAACUCUGUAUAAGAGAUUUCAAUACUAGAUAUAUUUGCUUGUGAAAA